UACUUCCACCCUCCCUCUCUUUUCCUCUUUUUGCUUCUCUCUCUUCUCUCUCUCUCUCUCUCUCUCUCUAUACCCAACAACUCUCCAAAUGGACCCACCACCACCCCCAAUAUCGGUAGCUCCGCCGCUCUCCACCACGCCAACACCCAGUACAACCACCGUACAAUCCCACCUAGGCUACGCAGACUCCGUAGACUCGUCCCCUCGCUCCCGCAACACCGACUCAUGGGACGAGCCUAUUCCGCCAAACACAAACACAGCCCCCAUGAGCACCAAGCUUCGUCUCAUGUGCAGCUACGGCGGCCACAUAGUCCCGCGCCCGCACGACAAGUCGCUCUGCUACGUCGGCGGCGACACCCGAAUCGUCGUCGUGGACCGCCAAUCCUCACUUUCCGACCUCCACUCGCGGCUGUCCAAAACUCUCCUGAACGACCGGCCGUUCACCCUCAAGUACCAGCUUCCGAACGAGGACCUCGAUUCUCUUAUCUCCGUCACCACCGAUGAAGACCUUGACAACAUGAUCGACGAGUACGACAGGACUUCGUCGAACUCCGUUAAGCCCUCGAGGCUCCGAAUCUUUCUGUUCCCUCUGAAGCCCGAUUCGUCUCAAUCAAUCGGGCCGAUUCUUGACAACUCGGCCAAGUCCGAGGACUGGUUUUUGAACGCGCUGAACGGGUCGGGUUUGAUGAACAACAGAGGGUAUUCGGUCCCGACUUCGGUGGAUUGCUUGCUUGGUUUGGACGAUGAUGGUGUCGUAGGCGGCGUGAACAACUUGGAUUCUUCGAAUAGUGGUGGAGGAGCGAGAGAGCUGGAGGCGGGUCAACCCGGAAAGAAUGCGAAGUCGGGUCAGGAUGUUCACUCGGUGCCCGAUUCGCCGAUGCUGGAAACGACGUCGUCGUUUGGGUCCACUUCUUCUUCGCCUUCGCUUGCGAAUUUGCGGCCGAUUCGGGUUCAUGUAGAGGAUGGAGGCGGUGUUGGUGUUGGUAGCGGUGGCGGUAGCGGUGGCGGUGGCGGUGGGGCUAGAGUGGCGGAUCAGAAACUUGGGAUUGAGGAGCAAUUCGCUCAGAUGGGUCUUGGUUCUGCCGGGCACAACAACAACAAGCAAGACGAGGGCUUUGUUGUGAUUUCUUCGCCGCCUCCGUUGCCGGUCAUUUUACCGGUUGUACAGCCCGUUCCGGUGAGUUCUGCGGCGGCCGGGGAGUACCAGAAUAGGGUCUUUUCCGAUGACGAAAGAUCGGAUCACGGCGUGCCGGUUGGUUAUCGGAGAGUACAACCGGUUGCUCAGCCACAGCCACAGCCACAGCCACAGCCACAGCCACUGCCACAGUCACAGAAUCAACAAAAGACGAGUGGCGGGCUUGAUUUGCAUUCACCAGAUUCAGUUUCAAGUGAAAGUAGUCUUACAAAUCCAUUGUCUCGCACAAAACCUGCAUAUCAAGACCCAGUUGUUCAAAACCCAAUCCCAUCUGUAAGGGUUGCUAGUAACCCUGUUGAUCAAAAACUUAAUAAUAUCUCUGAUCCAAACACCCGGGUCCAGUUGCAACAACAGUUUCAGGAUUCUAGUUAUGUAUUACAAUCCCAAUUCGAACAACAGCAGCAACAGCAACAAUUACAACAACAAUUACAACAACAACAUCAUCAGCAGCAACAAUUGCAGCAACAACAUCAGCAGCAACAAUUACACCAACACCAACAACAUCAGCAACAAUUACAACAACAACAACAACAACAACAACAACAACAACCACAACCACAACAGCAACAACAACAACCGCAAUUCGUACAUGGCACACAUUAUCUCCAGCAUACCCCCUCUGGGCCAGUGCCAAUCUCGGCCUACUACCCUGUGCAACAGCAGUACCAUCCACAACAUCAACUUGACCAGCAGUACCCAGUGUACUAUAUGCCCACGAGGCAGGCCCAAGCUUACAACUUGUCUGUGCAGCAAUCUAAUAUCAGUGAAACUGCAACUGGUAUUCCUCCUAGCCGCACCCAAACGCCUCCCGGUCCUACAAUGGUCCCUUCUCCUGCAGCUUAUAACCCCAUAAGGAAUGCUACCAAGCCCGAAAUGGCUGCAGGUGUGUACAGAACAGCAACCACAGGUGCUCCACAACUAGUUCAAGUCUCUUCUGGUCAACAUCAGCAACAAUAUGUUGGUUACUCUCAGAUGCCUCACCCAUCUCAGUCAAUGGCACCUAAUUCAGCUGCUCCUGCUAAUUAUGCUUAUGACUUUGCUGAUCCUGCUCAUGCCCCCCAGAUAUACUAUACUCAGCCUCUGGCACCCUCAAUGACUUCUCAAUACCAGACCAUGACAACAGCUGCUGCUGUAGGGUUGCCGGAAGCUUCUGCUCAGCUUCCCACUGACAACAUGAAGCAGCAGAUCAGAAGUUCACAGCCAAUAUAAAUCAGUUACAGAGAAAAGAACAAUUUUGAAGGAAUUGGGUUUGGUUUGUCUCUCAAGUUUAUGUUUUAGAGUCUGUCUUGUUAUUGGUUUGUGUGAUAUGUAUUUUGUGAUAGAUAAUAAGGAACUAAGACUUGUCUUAUAUCUUUCUCAUAUGUCAUAUUGUUGUUUAUUGUCAUAGGAAAUGAAAGUGGUCUGAGACAAUACUGUAAAAGCUCAAACUCAUAUAUGGUGUUGUGUGCAGUUCAUAUAUCGGUUACAGAAAUAAAUGGUAUAUAAGUCGGAAGAACUUUAAUUUUA